UAUUGCAACACCAGUUUGAUGAUUGAUGUUUCACGCACGGGAUGUAGAGAAAGUAAAUUUAUUUUUUUACUAAAUUAUACGCGCCCGAUGUUGUAAUAAAUGUUAAUAAGUGAUAUAUGUAUGUAUCGUUGUGGUCCUUUAGUCGCGAGUGCCAAAAUAGAAACGUAGGGAAGAUUACAAACAUUGAGAAGUUGUGAUGUCUGACACAUCCAUUUGUGCUUAUUUAAAGUGAUUUUAUGAGUGUUUUUUAUGCAAGCUUAACAGGAUGCCGAGGGGAGAGAAUAGGCCGAGCGUCCUGUUGUCUCGGGAUGAAAACGAUCAGGUGUUCAGUCUCAUCGGGCCAAAAUGCCAGAGCCUAGCCACAGCAGUAGUUCAACUGUUCACAACCGAGGGUCCGGGACAUUCAGAAUGGAAGAAAAAGGACACGGGAGUGCUCUGCCUUAUCAAAGACAACAGCAAAAGAUCGUACUUCUUCCGGAUAUACUGCCUCUAUCGGAAGACCAUGAUAUGGGAGCAUGAGGUGUAUUUACAAAUUGAGUAUAAGAGCCCCCGGCCGUAUUUACACACUUUUGAAGCUGAGGAUUACAUGACCGCGUUCAACUUCGCUAACGAAGAUGAAGCGAAAGUGCUCAGAGACACUCUCAACGAGAAAAUUAAGUUGCGGAAACAGAGACGAGAAGAGAGGAGACAGCGCUCAAUGCUGUCGGCACGCGCCAACAGCGUGUCGUCCCACAGCUCCAGCGUAUCCAGCACGCCGCGCCUCAAUGGCGUCACGCCGCCGCCGCCGCCGCCCGCCGCGCCUGCGCCUGCACCCGCGCCGCCAGCGCUCGCCAACAAGACCAACACCCUGUCCAAUUACACACUGAAGAGUUCGAGCAAGAAGCCGAAGGCGCGUAAACUGACGAAAGCUGACAUCGGCAUGCCGUUAGACUUCAAGCAUGUGUCCCAUGUGGGGUGGGACGAGAAUAAAGGCUUCGACGUGGACCUGCCCGAGGAGGAGAUGCGCUCGUUCUUCAGCAAGGCGGGCAUCACGGAGGUGCAGCUCAAGGAUCACGCCACGCGUCAGUUCAUCUACGACUUCAUCAACAAGAACGGCGGCAUGGACGCCGUCAAGGAGGAGCUGCACGACGCGCCCAAGGCUAACGAAUCGCCCCGAGGUGCCAUGCCGCCGCCGCCUCCCGCGCCGCCCGUGCCCUCCCGCGCGCCGCACCCCCCCGCACCACCGUCCCGCGCUCCCCCGCCGCCGCCCGCGCGCGCCGUGCCCCCUCCCCCGCCGCCGCCCGUCACGCUGCACACGCCGCGCAACCCGCCGCCGCCGAGACCACAUCAACCUCCUGCAAGUGCACCGCCCUCGGUGCCCCCGCCGCCGCCGCCAUCGUCCGCGCCGCCGCCCCCGCCGCCGCCGCCCCCGCUGGCGCCGUGCGCGCCCCCGCCGCCCCCCGCGCCGCCCAUGCCCGCCGACACCGCCGUGCCGCAGGACGCUCGCAGCGCGCUCAUGGAGAGCAUCCGCGGAGGAAACAAGAACUUGAAGCAUGUGGAAGUGGGCUCAAAAACCUCACUAAACGAUGACAGCAGAAGCAAUCUGAUGAGUGAAAUACGACAAGGAUUUAACUUGAAAGCUGUACGUCGGUCGGACAGCAAGACAGAAAACGAGAAAUCCAGCAGUGGUUCCGAGCCAAGCGGCCUCGCGGGCGCCCUCGCCAGGGCUCUCGAGGAACGCAAGCGAGCGAUACACUCCUCCGACUCGGAAGACAGCACCGAAGAUUCGACGAGCGAUGGAGAAUGGGACUAGUUAUUAUCUGUGAUUGUUGUGAUCAUCAAGUCUAGUGUGAUUAGUGAUCCUGUGAGACUGGAAAACGAGUGUGAUUACGUAAGUCUAAUUAUAACAAAUGCAAGUCAUCACGUUAAGCAAUCAAGUGUGAUUAUAGUGAUCAGGGGUGACUAGUAUUCGUUAUUAGAGUGAUCAGAGGUUAUUAGUGAUUGUGAUUAUAAUUAUCACUAUAAAUACGUGAGUCUAAUAAUCUAGUAUGAUAAUAAUGAUCAUAUUUGAUUAUAUGUGACUAGAACAUCGUACAUGUAUCUUUUGAGUAACACCAAGUGUUCUUAUAGUUGUUGAGUGAUUAGGCCAGUCAUAACUUUUAUUAUGUUAGCAUCUGGGUCAGGUUUUUGUGAAAUAUAAUUCUUUUGAUCACAAUUAAUUCUAGAGAUAGCUGUGAUUAAAAUAAUCAUACUUUACAAUAUGAUUAUGUGUGAUCACAAUGAUCAUACAUACUUAAUUAUAGUGAUCAUAUUUGUUCAUCAUGAUCAUGUGUGAUUAGAAUGAACAUGUGCGACUAGUGAUUCUACACGACUUUAUUGACGACUUAUUUUAUAAUUUUAAAUGUAUAAAAAGUGUUUUCAUACUAUAAAAUUUUCAGUUGAUUUAUUUAGUAACAAACAUACAAGUUUCAAUUCUACAACUAUAAUGAUGUUUUUUUUUAAUCUAAGAGUGUGUACAAACUGGUACCAUUAUGUCGCGUGAAAUAAUAACAAAAAGCGCACGACUAAAUUUGUCGAAAGUAUGAAAACAUUUUUACAUUAUAGCUAUACUAACUUAGCUAGCAUUAUUUUUGAAAAUUAUUAAUUUAAAUGUUUAUCAUAUCUAUCGUUUUUUAAUCAUUAUUGUAUUGUAAUAAAAAUAAUUUUGUUGUAUAUUAUGUAUAUAUGUAGUAAUUCCAUACGAAAUAAUCGACUGAAGUUAACAAAAGUGAUUUUAAAAUUUAACGAAAAUAUCCGUGUAUAAAUAGUUAUUAGAUAAGUAUUCAUUGUAAUAGGAUUGAAAGAAAUAUUUUACUAAUUUCAACAUUCAAUUAUAGUACGAUUAUUAAUUACAGUCAGUAAAAUGACAAGUGCAACUGUCACUGAAAUGUCACUUUACUGACUGAAAUUAAUAAUCGUACAUACUAUUAAUCUUACUUGAGAUUAUUAAUUCCAGUCAGAAAAGUGACAGUUGCACUUGUCAUAUUACUGACUGGAAUUAAUAAUCGUAUUGGCAGUAGCUUGUGUAUGAAAAAUAUUGUGUUUUUUGUAAUUAUUAUUAUUUUUAUUUCAUUGCUUCAUUGAGGAGUUUUAAGGUUUUAUAGCAAAUCAUUAUGGAACCUCGAUUAAAAGCCAUACAAUGAUAAAUAUAACAAUACAAAUUAGUUUAAUAAUAAAUGCUUAACAAUGACAAACUUGCGUAACAAGUCACCAGUCACAUUACAUUUAAUUUAAUUAUUGUAUUGCUUUUGUUUGUUACAAAAAAUACUUGACAUUUUAACAUUGAUAACCAUCAUCGCCAUUUUAUUAUUUUCUGAAUAUGACGUGAACUUGUAUUUAAAAAAAAUAUACAUAACUAUUCUUGUUUGGAACUAUUCUUGGUUAGGAAAGUACUACGAAGCCAUGAUUAUUUCAAGAAAAGAGGAAUAUAGAACUUAAAUCCACCAUUUUUCCGAUUCGGGUUAGUUUUUUUUAUUAUUUAAAAGUUAACCUGAUGUUAAGUGAAAAUAUAUUUGUAAACUAAUUUGGUGCGCAUAAGUUGUGACCUUAUAUAGUUAGUAAUUAUAUUUUUCAUUUAUUCUUCGUUUCUUAUUCUAGAAGUUUAUGUGAUGUAAAUUAUAAGGAACCACGUAACUGCCUUAGGUUUUGAUGUAACUUAUAUAGCUGUAAAAUGUUUAGAUCAGUACAUACGGCGAAAUAUUACCGCUAUUACCUACAAUGUAGGCCCUACAUUAUAAAACUUAGUUGAUUUAACUCACAUAAAUUCUGUAUAUCUGGUAAAAAAGCUAGCUAAUAGCUAUUACAGACUAUUAUUUAUACCCGUACCUCAUUGACCUCUUAUAAUAAAAGGACGCACAAUUAUGUAGAAAAUUUCAUUUAAAAACUGGCCAAUUUUGCUUUGACAGUUUUAGUAAUAUUGGUAAAGAAAAUUAAAACCUAAAAGCCUUUAAAUAUAGUCCAUUAAUCAAUAAAAUUCCAAAUUCAGAGCAAAUUCAACCUUAAGAAUUGAGUUUAAGGUUUAAUUUGUAAAUGCGACUACUUGAAUUGAGUGCCAAGAAGUUGUGUUUGGCACUCAUUAAGUGGGGACGUUUUUGGUCGCUGAUUGUGCAUCCACUUUUAAUAGGAGAUCGAUGCCAUUGCCGUACAUACACAAUUUCAUCCAAAUCCAAUUCACUAUAUAUACUCGUAAAUAUAAAUUAUGUUAGUUACACUCUACUUUGUAAAUUGCAAAACACCAGGGUGUGGCUUUAUCGUGACACGGCUGUGUAUUUUAAUACAUGUAAUAGUUGUUUACAUUUAAAUGGUGGCGCUGCACUCUUCGACAUGCUCAGACUAAAUACAUAAGGACUAGUAUCGCACCCAAAUUCACAAACAAAAUUUUUUGCCAUUUUCUAAGGAAAACGAGCUUAGAUUUCAUACAUAUCUUAUACUAAACUAGCAGUUUUUGUUCGUUUUUUUACACCAUUUAACUACUCAAAAAGGUAUUUUUACGGAGGUUUUUAACCGACGGACAAGAUUGUAAACUAUGAAACAUCGAUAAUAUAGAGACAGUGUUUAUAAUCGCAUAAGAUCGUUGAUCAUAUACUUUGACAGAAAAAUAAUGUCUUGCGAGGCAGGUCUUUCAUGCGAUGUGUCUGCCUUCGAUGAAAGUAACGAAUAUUUUGUUUUUCUUGAUGUGCACCAGAUAGUAAAUCCGGAAUGUAGAUACUAGAUACCUAUAUAGCUGCGAUAUUAUCAACUUGUAUCUCCUCCAUCAUGUUAUAUUUAUAAUCUUUUAGACUGCCUCCCACUAAAGAAGCAUAUUCGAAGAUGUCAAAAAUAAUCGCACGGUAAUAUUUCGUCAUGUGUGCGAGCCCUAAUGAACGAAAAAUAUGUAUUAUAUGUUUUUCUUUGAAGCAAUAACUUUCACUGUUAGUAAGCCACUUGUUAUCAAUAAGAUUUAUUAUUUAAUGUUAUAUUAUUAUUAAGACUUAAUGUAUUACAUUUAAGAGGUGUUUUUUUUUUCACAACAUUAUAUUUUUAAGGACAUUUUGUCUUAUGUAUUAUUUAUUUCUAAAAUUUAAGAUUAAAGCACAAGAUAAUCAAGAGAUAACUAAUUUCUAAAUUCACAACUUUGCAAGUUAAAAUGUUAGAAGGAGCUGACAAACAUUGCUGUCUUAGGCUGCCUGUCCACUAAAGCGGAGCGAGGGAGCGUAGCGAAGAAACGGACUAAUACGGAGCGGAGUUGCGUACUGUCUGUACCGGAGCGGAGCGAUGCUGCGGAGUAAAGUGAAUGGCCGAAGAAACUUCCCCGCUCCGUUUACCGGUUUUAUAUGAAUUUUUAAAUUAGCUCGCAAGUUCCUGUCCACUUAAGAGGAGCGGAGAUUUUGUGCAAUCCUAUUGGUUAAUAUUUCUCCGUUUUUCGGCUCCGCUUCGGUGGACUGGUAGCCUAAAGGACAAGUUGCCAGGCACAUGAGGCAUGUUAAACGUUUAAUUUAAUUAUAAAAGUGUAGAGAGACAUACAAAGGACAUCAUUCACGCUCCAUACAUUUAUGGGCUGUUUUGAAAGUGCCGGCUAACAAAAAAAAACAACAAUCGUUAGAACUAGCCAUUUGGUGCAAUAGCUAAUAUGGCACAAAAGUUGUAGGUUGGCUCUGAACCAAAUAGUACAGGUCCGACGAUUCGUCAUUUCCAUACAUUUCAUUGAUUUUUUAAAGUGCCCGCAUUUUGUGGUACAACUUGUCGAUAUAUUAAGGAAAGCUGUACCUAUUAAAUAAGUUCGUUUUGAGCUUUAACUGUAACUUUAUUGGUGAAUCAAAUAUAUUAACAUUUGUAUCUUAAUAAAUAGAAGUGUUACAUUGCGGACUUUACGAAAAGUGAAUAAUUGAUUUCUUUGGUAUUAUCUGCGUUUCAAGUUGUACGUAUUUUGACAAAGCAUAAUAUUACUUACUUUUUGUCUUUGUCUUCAGAGUAGCUAUCGUUUUGCUCUUAUCUACUGAUAUUUUUUUUUCGAUGUUUUGAAAUAUAUCCCAUCACUAUAAUGACGGUCGUCGUUAUAGCGCUAUGACGUAUUUACAAAUUUUGUGGCGAUCAAAUGCGUGUAAUUAUAAGCAUUAAGGCUGGCCGCAAACGCUCGUUUUCCGUGAAUUCGGAAAACCGAAAGCAUAAAAUCAAUAUAAAACACCUUAAAUGAUCCACAUGUACGUUUUUUACGAACGGAAUAAAUUCCGCGCGUACUUAACAUGCGAGCUCUUGCGACGACAUUUCGAAUGAGAAAAACGUAGUCUGCGGUAAUUUUACGGAAUUUCAAAUCGAAAUUUGGAAAACGAAUACGGAAAAUGAAUGUAUGUAGUCAGCCUAAAACGCACGGGUUAACUGCUAGUGCGUUAUAAACGCAGUGUCGCCAUUACAAUUUGACAAGUAUGUUUUGUACGUCACUGAAAACCAUAACUAACACGUGCGUGUAUUUACUGUUAUAGUCUGUAGCAUUUAAAUAGAUUGUAAAAAAGACGCAAAAACUAUUUUUAUAAUAUUAAACUAUGUUUUCUAUUUAAUUGUUAAACCAGUUUCUAGUGUAAGUUUUAAAAAAUCGUGAUGGUUUACGUUAGUCUGCCAAAAUACGUAUCGUUGUCAUGUUUCUAUACACAAUUGAUACAUUUAAAGCUAUCUCUACUUUAAAACUUACAUUAAAAAUCUGUAAGUCUGGGACCUUGUAGCAUAAAUGUAUGAGCGUCGAGACUUAUAAAGCAAUGUUAUAACCACCUGUAACACUACAUAAUUAUAUGUUGACUAAAUAAAUAAUUAAUACUUU